CAAAGAGGUAAGGAUUAAGGAAUACAAGGGAAACAUAUAACCUAGUCCGAGUGUGACGCCAUUAACGAAUCUCAAACAACUUUUCAUCUCUGAUUUCCAUUUCUUUGCAUACACUAAGUCAGAUAAUGGAAGUCGACGGAAGAGAAAGCUCGGCAGUACCAUACUCGGUUACUGAUUCAGUAAAUACAAGUUUGGUCCACUUACAAGAUGUUCAAACCCACUUUCUCCAUUUCUUGUCCCUCUCAGACCCAGAUGUCCUCGCCCAAAUGCCACCUCUUCAACGUGCACACUCACUCCUCUUGCUUGCCAAAGCCACCACAACCCUUUUCGCAUUGAAGUUGAGAUGUAAUGGAGUUGACCCAGAUGACCAUCCUGUCAAAUCCGAGCUUGAGAGAUUGAGUUUGUAUCAAAACAAACUAGAACGAUUCAUAGACUUGAACAAAGCACCUAUUCGACCUUCCACCACCUUAAACUUUCAGGCAGCAACUCGUUUCAUUGAGCAUUCUUUGCCUGAUCUUACCUCAGAACAGAAGAGAAGUAUGAGAUAUAUUAGUAAAGGUGAAGGAAAAAAGAUAAUUUUUGUAGAGAAAAAUGUUCAAAAGAAGAGAAAGUAUGAAUCAACAGAGAAGAAGUCUGUUAAAACUGCUGCUAAGGAGUUUUUAGAAAAAGCAGCCAUUGAGCUUCUGGGCGACAGUAAAGACCGCGUCUUGGGACCUCUACCGAUCAAGGCUGAAGAAGAAGAGACUAAAGAUUAAUUUUUUCUUGGGGUAAAGUUUUGACUUACUUUUCCUUUCAUCUUUUAUAUGAAUUUUUAUUUGGUGUUAUGAUAUUACAGAAACUUCAUUGCUCACAAGACAUUUCCAAAAUACCAAAAAAAUUGAUCAGUUUUGUUGCUACCAAAUACAUCAUUGGUUUAUUAUUCUUUGAUUGGAACAUCAAAUGGGAUUUUUAUACUUGAUUUUCGGUCGUGUCUUGUGUGUGAGUCCUGCCACUUGUUUGAACAAAUACACCUCUCUUGUUUGUAGUAUUUGCUCCUGUUUUCUGCAGAAGAACUUAGAAUUUCUCAUGUUUUGGCGAGGAAAAGACUCGAAAGAUGUAGAAAGUAAUUGACAUUUUGCAAGGCCUUUCAUUUGGGUAAAAGGUUUAAGCCAUUUUUGAGAUUUCAUGUCCAUGUCAAUGUAUAAACUUCUGAAGCUGUUUUUCUUUUGUUAACUGAGUAAUAUUUUGGGAUAGAGCAAGACAUAAGGUUAGGUAGCCAUUUGAGUCAUCAACAAGAAAGAAUUUGACUGGCAUUGUUUCUGUGAAAUAUUUUGUGUUUAGUUCAAGCAAUGUGAUUUAGAAACUGUUGUUUUGUUCUUCUCACUACAAAAAUCUGAGUCUCUACCAACAACAGAUCUACCUAGGGGUAAGGACUUGGCUAAGAAGUGAAGACCAAAAAGAAUUUGUUUCAAAAAGGAAAAUGAAUAUAGUAAUUAUGCUUAUUUUUAGCUUCUAUUACACAACAACAACAACAACAAAUGCCAUAGAAAUUGGGUGAAGCAGUUGUAAUAAGGUUAGCUUUCAAUAAAAGAGAAAGCAAAAGAAAAAACAAAGCCAACAAACAACUUUUAAUUAACUAAGCAAAGCAAAGUAGAGCAGUCUGAGCGAAGUAAAGUAGAGCUUAACAUUUCUCCACACUUAUUUACAUAAUAGAAACAACAACAUACUAAGCUAAUGUAGUAAAAUUAAGGGUUUGUAAAAAAAAUACUGAUUUUGUGUAAAAGUUUACAAUUUUACUGUUACAUGGAAUUUUUUACAAAAAUGUUGUCUUUUUAUAAAAUAAUCGUAAAUCAACAAAAUAAAACAAUAGUGGAACAACUAAAAAAACAACUGUGAAAACUUAAUACUGUCUUUACACAAUAUUUUUGAAAAAAAUUUGCCUCACAAUAAAAAAAAUUAAAAAUUUUAAUAUGUAGUGUAAAAAUUCCUAAAAUUAACGACUAUUAAAUUUUAUUUGCUAUAAAAAAACAACAAAUUUAUAAUCAACAACAAACAAACAAACUUCAUCUUUUUUCUUGGGAAAAAGUUUGUCUCCUCAAAAGUUAUGAUGGGAUUAGGUUCUAUGAAGGGAGAAAAAGGAACACUUCAUUGAUGGCAAAGUUUAUUUGGGCUGCCUCAAGUAAACAAGACAUUUUAUGGGUUAACUGGAUCAGUUCGAUCUAUUUAAAGUGAAAAGAUCUAUGGCAGGCUCCCUUAAAAUUGGACGUCAGCUGGUACUUCUUAAAAUUCAUGAAACUUACAGAUAAAAUUGAUAAAGAGGAUGUUUAUGCUGCUGUUUAGAAGGGUAAGUUUAAAGCCAGAAUUUUCUAUACUUCUCUAAUUGCUGCUAAUAAAAUAGAUUAUGCAAAUAAUAUUUGGCACAGAAUGUGUGUUCCCAAACACCAUUUCAUUGAUUGGCAAGCGCUGAACAACCAACUCUUGACUCGAAACAACUUGUCCAAAAUCAUUGUGCUCCCCUCGAGCAACUGUCCCGUGUGUGAUGCUGAACCCGAAACACACCAACACCUUUUCUUUGACUGUGAUUUCACCAAAAAAAAGUUGUUGCUGAGAUCAGAAAGUGGUUCAACAAAUUUGUGUGGCCUGCCACUUUGGAGGAAUGGAGUUGCCGGUGCAACAAGAAUCAAGGACAGUUGAUUUACUAUGUACGAUGUGCCUUGAUUUACUAUGUGUGAUGUAACCGUAAUCAAUGCAUCUUUGAAUUAGCUUGCUAUUCUGUCAAGUUGGUUAAUUUAUCUAUUAAACUAGUCAUUAAAACUAGAACCAGAAUGCUAAAUCCUUGUAACUUUAAAAAUAAGGACAAAAGCAGUUUGUGAUACGUAACUUGUAGUUCUGGUUGUUUAGGGGUUGUCUUAUUUUGUUCAGCUGCUUUUUAUUUGUAUUUUGGAUUGUUAAUUUUAAUGAAUUCUUCCAUCUUUCGGAAAAAAAAAAAACAGAAAAAUAAUAAAAUGUAAUCAUUUAAUUAUCUUAAUUAAUAAUUUGGAUUACACAUUUUAAGAUGUCAACACUACUCCAAAAGCCAGAACAAUAAUAAAAUGAAUAAAAUAAAUAAUAAAAAUAAUUAAAAAAAAAACAAAAAUUAUUUCAAAACAAUGCCAACACUACUCCAAAAGCCAGAACAACAAGAAGACCACUUCUUCUUCCGAAGCUGGAAGUGGCGGCGCUGGUCGGAGCAACAGCCGGACCAUCGAUUUCAGCCGGAGAAGGAGCCGGAGAAACACCAAAGAAUCUGCUUCUUCUUGGUGAAAGCACGACCACGAUAAGCUUCUGUCCCUUCUGACAAUGUCCUUUGGCUCCGCUAAUGAAGUAGAAUGGACCUGCUCUUUCCAAACUCACCUUAGUGUUACCAUCCUUGUGUUCUUUAAUGGCUUCUCCAGUAUUACAAGUCUCGUAAUCUUCUUUACUCACUUCC